AGGCUGAUCCAACUUUGAUGUAAUGUCCUUAAAACAAGUCAAAAUGAGGCUCAGUAGUGUGUGUGGCCUCCACGUGCCUGUAUGACCUCCCUACAACGCCUGGGCAUGCUCCUGAUGAGGUGGCGGAUGGUCUCCUGAGGGAUCUCCUCCCAGACCUGGAUUAAAGCAUCCGCCAACUCCUGGACAGUCUGUGGUGCAACGUGGCGUUGGUGGAUGGAGCGAGACAUGAUGUCCCCCCCAGGUCUACACCUGUUGUAUUCGGCACGUGACAAAUACAAUUUGAUUUGAUGUGUGACUGUUAUCUCUCCUCUCCUCCCUUCCUCACCUCUUCCUCUCCUGACCCCCCUCCCUCCACCAGACACCAUGAUGAAGCACUUCCAGUCCAUGGACGCGUGCCGGAGCUUCUCAGAGUUCCGCCAGGAGGCCAGCAUGCUCCACUCCCUGCAGCACCCAUGCAUCGUGGCCCUGGUGGGAAUCAGUAUCCACCCGCUCUGCUUCGCCCUGCAGCUGGCUCCCCUGGGCAGCCUCAACACUGUGCUGGAGGACCGACAUAAAGGUACGAAGAGUGAGAAAGAGAGAGAGAGACAAAGACUGACUGACUGACUGACUGACUGACAGAGAGAGAGAGAGAGAGAGAAAAAAAUCUUCUCUACAGAAGUUCUGAAAACAUUUCCAACUUCCCCUUUUAACUCCACCCUUCUCCCUCCCCAUCAGGCUCCAGGUACAUGCCCCUGGGUCACAUGCUCACCUUCAGGGCAGCCUAUCAGAUCGCAGCAGGGCUGGCCUACCUGCACAGGAAGAACAUCAUCUUCUGUGACCUCAAGUCAGACAACAUCCUGGUGUGGUCCCUGGAGGUAGGUGACUAGUAUGAAGGGCUGAAUUCCAAAUCGACCCCUAGCCACUAUUCCCUAGCCCCUAAGCCUGGACUGUUCAAUUCCAGUCCUGGAAAGCCAAAACACUUCUGUCUUUCUGUUUUUACCUGGUAGUUAAUUGCACUCACCUGGUGUCCCAGGUCUGAAUCAGUCCCUGAUUAGGAGAGGAUGAAGACCAGAAGUGUUUUGGCCCUCCCCGUAGUAAAAAUGGUAUAAUCAUUAUUUGUCUCAUCCUAGGUGUGUGACCCGGUGAAUAUGAAGCUGUCGGACUACGGCAUCUCGCGCCAGUCCUUCCACGAGGGGGCACUGGGGGUGGAGGGCACGCCGGGAUACCAGGCCCCCGAGAUACGCCCAGGCAUCGUUUAUGAUGAGAAGGUAGAUGAUGAGGAGGUCUAUGGUGGCAGGUAGCCUAGCCGUUAAGCGUGUUGGGCCAGUAACCGAAAGGUCGCUGGUUCGAAUCCCCGAGCCGACUAGGUGAAACAUCUGUCGAUGUGCAAGACACUUAACCCUAAUUGCUCCUGUAAGUCGCUCUGGAUAAGAGUGUCUGCUUAAUACCUAAAAUGUCAAUGUGAAAUGUAAGGUACUGCCUACCACACCUGGGGUCAACUACAUACUUCUAAUACAUACAAAUACUUCCUCUGUACUUGAUUUAGUUUGCCUGGUACAAUGGAACCAAUGGAAUAGUCCCAACAGGGACUCACUACCAUCUUCAAACGACGGUGAAACUGUCUUUAUGUGUUCUAUAGACAUGGUUCAGUUGUUUUAGUAUAACGUUCUACUGUGGUGGUAUGGGGUAAAGUUACUGACUAACAUUUCCUUGUAUUUAGGGUAAUGUUACUGACUGUAUCAUUUAGGGUAACGUGCCUGACUUAUAUUUACAUUAUUUAUUUAAUUCCAUGCAGAAUCUAUAAACACUGAGUGUACAAAACAUUCAGAACAUCUUCCUAAUAUUGAGUUGCACCCCCCCCUCCCUUUUGCCCUCAGAACAGGGCAUAGACUCUACAAGUUGUCGAAAGCGUUCCACAGGGAUGCUGGCCCAUGUUGACUCCAAUGCUUCCCACAGUUGUGUCAAGUUGGCUGGAUGUCCUUUGGGUGGUGGACAAUUCUUGAUACACACAGGAAACUGUUGAGCGUGAAAACCUCAGCAGCGUUGUAGUUCUUGACACAAACCGGUGUGCCUGGCACCUACUACCAUACCCUGUUCAAAGACACUUCAAUCUUUUGUCUUGCCCAUUCACCCUCUGAAUGGCACACAUACACAAUCCAUGUCUCAAUUGUCUCGAGACUUAAAAAUCCUUCUUUAACCUGUCUUCUCCCUUUCAUCUACACGGAUUUGAAGUGGAUUGACCAAGUGACAUCAAUAAGGGAUCAUAGCUUUCAACUGGUCAGUCUAUGUCAUGGAAAGAGCAGGUGUUCAUAAUGUUUUGUACACUCGGUGUAAACUUAUAUAAUUAGUAUGUCCCUAUGUUACACGAUAUACAGCGCCUGUUUUAUGUGGGUAUGCGGUCCUAAGAGAAAAGGCUCUGACCACAGAGUAGAGUCAGAUCGUAGUUUGUGUGGAUUUAUGGGAAGGUGGCCGUGUGUUAAUAUGACUGGUCACUUCCUCUGUUGGGCAUGUCCCUUUAGUGUCUGAUUAGUAACGUGUGCUGCUGUAAGUCAACGGUAAGAACAUUAGAUCUGUGUGUGUUUUACUGUGCAGUAUGUCUGGAUACCAUAUGUGUCCACAGUAUGUGUCCCUACAGCAUGUAGUGUGUAUCAUUUACCACAUGUAUAUGACUAAGGCAUUCAUUCCCUAAUGCCUGUUUGACUGUACUGGACGUACAGGAAUGUCCCAUAGCCUACCCGUCUGAAGUGUUCCCGUAAAUGGCAGGUUUCUUGUGGAAUAUAUUCUAUAGUAUACUGGAAUUUACUCAACUUGGCCUCUGUGUUGGUUAGGUGGCCAAUUUAGCUCCUGCUUUUUCUGCUCAUUAGCCAAUCAUCUCUCGUCCUGGUAUUAAUUAUCCAAUCAGCUCUCCCUCUGCGGUUGCUCAUCAGCCAAUCGACUCCCAUUCUGAUAUAUAUUAGCCAACCAUGAAUUGGCCAACUACGGUAUGAAGCCAACCAACCAACUCUGUCUCUGUGUACUUUAAUCCUAUGGGCUUUUAUGUCCUCAUUUUAAUGAGCCUUUCCAACAUGGCUGUCUACCAUCUCUGGGCUCCACUCUCUCUAGGGGGUCUGGGCUGGCUUAGCAGGGGUUUUAAGUGGUUGGACUCACACACACACACACUGGUUUGACUGUUUUUCCAUGGGGUUAAAUCUCCUUUAACCCUCCAACUCAAUUGAGGAUCCCUUCAAAGGGAAGUGAGAGGUGACUUUAAACCCUGAUGUCAAUACUCUGACCCUGUUCUGCUGUUCUCAGCCAAUCAUAUCCCUCCUACCAUACUUUCAGCCUAUUUGGUUGCUCUUUGAUUUGACUUCAAAUGAGGUUUCAGGAUUUAGUUAUUGUAAUACUGCAGGAAGAGAUGGUGAGGAAAGAGAGAGGGUGGGAGAGGGAGGGAGAGAGAGAGAGAGAUGGAGAGAGUAAAAUGGAAAGACAGAGAUGGUGAGAUAGAGGUAGAGUGAGAGGGAGAUAUUAAAAUGGAAAGAGAGAGAGGGGGAGAGAGAGAAAUGGAGAGAGUAAAGGGGAGAGAGAGAAAUGGAGAGAGUAAAAUAGAAAGACAGAGAUGGAGAGAGAGAGAUGGAGAGAGUAAAAUGGAAAGACAGAGAGAGGUAGAGAGAGAGAUGGACAGUGAGGGAGAGAGUAAAAUGGAAAGAUGGAAAAAGAGGGAGAGAUUAAAAUGGAAAGACAGAAGUGGAAUACCAGACAUUCUGUGUACUUAGCUAAUCUAUAAAUGGGGUAUACAUAAAUAGUGUGUAAUAUAAAUAGUAUCAUAUUCAACAAACCAUAUUUUCUUUGGCAUCGUUGGAUUUCCCCUGUCAUACCAAUGAUAGAGAUUGAUGACAGACUGGGAGGGUGCCUUAUAAGAAUAUACCAUAGAGAAUAUAUCAUGGCCCUUACAUCAGCCCCUCUGACGCAGAGUACCACGGACGUUGAGCAUACUCAGAAUAGUUGCCAAGUGAUGUCAUCAUGGCGAGGAGCCAGAGCUGCUACCGUAGCGCUAACAGAGCGUGGAAACUCACCACUCCGGUGCUUUUUGGCCCCAUCUGUCUGCGCUGCUUUAAAUAUACGCUGGGAAGACAGCCACAGUGGGCUGUGCAUCUCAAGCUCAUGGCCAUUCAUAGAAAGGAAUUCAACUUGGGCUAUUUCUUGGACUGAAAAUAUGCUGUUUUGUGUUCCAUCACCAAGCUGAAUGGCCUUCAUAGAUAACAUUAGACUCUGAUUAUAACAAUGGGAUGACUGCUGUGUGUGCGUUUCAAUUCAAUUGAAGAAGCUUUAUUGGCAAAGCAAUUAAAUCAAUAUAGAUAUAUAAACACUGAGUGUACAAAACAUUAAGAACACCUUCCUAAUAUUGAGUUGCACCCCCUUUUGCCCUCAGAACAGCCUCAAUUCGUCGGGGCAUGGACUCUACAAGGUGUCGAAAGCGUUCCACAGGGAUGAUGGCCCAUGUUGGCUCCAAUGCUUCCCACAGUUGUCAAGUUGUCUGGAUGUCUUUUGGAUGGUGGACCAUUCUUGAUACACACAGGAAACUGUUGAGCGUGAAAAACCCAGCAGCGUUGUAGUUCUUGACACAAACCGGUGCGCCUGGCACCUACUACCAUACCCCGUUCAAAGGCACUUACAUGUUUUGUCUUGCCCCAUUCACCCUCUGAAUGGCACACAUACGCAAUCCAUGUCUCAAUUGUCUUAAGGAUUGAAAAUCCUUCUUUAACCUGUCUCAUCCCCUUCAUCUACACUGAUUUUAAGUGAUUUUAAUAAGUGACAUCAAUAAGGGACCAUAGCUUUCACCUGGAUAGUCUAUAUAAUGGAAAGAGCAGGUGUACUUAAUGUUUUGUACAGUGUGUAGAUAACAUAUUAAAUCAAUCUCUCAUUCCCUCUCUCUCACUCACUCAGGUGGAUAUGUUCUCGUAUGGGAUGGUUGUGUAUGAGUUGCUGUCAGGUUGUAGGCCUGCGUUGGGCCAGCACCAGCUCCAGAUAGCUAAGAAGCUGUCUAAAGGGAUCCGUCCGGCCCUGGGGAGCCCAGAGGAAGUCCAGUUCCACUGUCUGCACGGCCUGAUGAUCGAGUGCUGGGACACUAAGCCUGAGAAGGUGAGGGACUGUGGGCCGGGAUGCCAAUACACUUUUCACACUAGUUAGCCGAGCUGUGCUGGCUUGGAUAUGCUCUUUUUAAAUCGUCCUUUCUGUCAGAAGAAAUAGGAAAGUGUGAUGACACAUCCGCACCACUAUAAUGCAGUUUGGAACUCGGUAGUGAGUGUUACAACUGAGGACAGACGAUUUUUACGCACUACGUGCUUCAGCACUUGGUGGUCCUGUUUGUGAGCUUGUGUGGCCUGCCACUUCGCAGUUGAGCAGUUGUUGCUACUAAAUGUUUCCACUUCACAAUAACAGCACUUACAAUUGACCGGGGCAGCUAAAGCAGGCCAGAAAUGUGACGAACUGACUUGUUGGAAAGGUGUCAUCCUAUGACUGAGCCACAUUGAAAGUCACUGAGCUCUUCAGUAAGGCCAUUCUACUGCCAAUGUUUGUCUAUGGAGAUAGCAAUGCUGUGUGCUCGAUUUUAUACACCUGUCAGCAACGGGUGCGGCUGAAAUAGCCGAAUCCACUAAUUUGAAGGGGUGUCCACAUACAUUUGUAUAUAUAGUUUAUCUCUCUAUUAUGCAUGGGAAUAAUUUGGAACAUAUUUCCUAAAUGUAAAUCACUGAUUUGCUGGUGUUUUUACGGUCUUUUAUGUCUAACAUUCUUUUUUCUCAGAAAACUUUGGGGACGCAAAUAAAAUCACCAGCCCACGGGCCACCAGUUGGUGAACCCUAGCUUACAGUAUGACAUAGUGACUGUGUGUCUCUCUCUUGAUCCAGAGACCCCUGGCCAUGCAGUGUGUGAGGCAGAUGCAGGAGCCCAGUUUCCCGUGUCUGAGGUACCUGCUGUCCUGUGACACACACUCCCAGCUCUUCCUGUCCCACCUGCAGGGACACAGCGCUGUCUUCUGGGAUGGGAACAAGGACGACAGGUUAGUGUGUCAGUUUGGUACUUUAUUUGUUUCUCUUCGUCUGUGGAUUUCAGAGGUUUUCCACAAAAUGGGACUGAGCUGGCAGUGGCACGUUUUUUGCAUGUUUUGGCCUUAGAGAGAGUCUCAGUGUAGACUUCAUGAGGAUCUGAGGGUGUAUUUAACAUUGACAUUUUAGUCAUCUAGCAGACGACUUAAAGUUAGUGAGUGCAUACGUUUUCCAUACUUUUUCCAUACUGGCCCCCCGUGGGAAUCGAACCCACAACCCUGGCGUUGCAAGCGCCAUGCUCUACCAAUUGAGCUACAGGAGGUUUGGGGAUUUAAGCUGCUUAUGCUUGGACUGUCUCUUAAAGAGCAGGGGAGGUACAACACACACACACACACACACACACACACACUCUGCACAUACCUCUAUGAGAGUAACACACACACACACACACUCUGCACAUACCUCUAUGAGAGUAACACACACACACACUCUGCACAUACCUCUAUGAGAGUAACACACACACACACACUCUGCACAUACCUCUAUGAGAGUAACACGCACACGCACAUACCUCUAUGAGAGUAACACACACACACACGCACACACACACACACACACACACUCUGCACAUACCUCUAUGAGAGUAACACACACACACACACACACUCUGCACAUACCUCUAUGAGAGUAACACACACACACACACACACUCCUGUCCUGUAGUAAGGCUCCCAGGUGGAAAGUAAUUGCUUUAGUGUUGCUCUCCCCCUGUGUGUGACUGUGUGUGUUUAGGGACUGGGAGAUAAUCUCACUACGAUAAAGGCAGCUUUCAUCGCUCCAUACAGCUGGUGCUAAUGACUGCUAUUGCCUGCAGCUGUCCUGCUGUUAACCCCAUAGAGAUCCUUUGUAAUUCUAAUACCCCCUCAUAGAGGUAUAGCGCCAGGGCUUCCAGCAUGGGAACUGACCAUGAGAAUGACAGGAUAAUUGUCAGCAGGUUCUACUCCGCCAGGGGAAGGAGGAGAAAAGACAGUAUUCAAUCUAACUCUGUGUCUGGGUAACACGGUUAAAUGGUGUGUAUUGUGUCUCUGUAUGACCUGUUGGACUGUGUGUGUGUGUGUGUGUGUGUGUGUGUGUGUGUGUGUGUGUGUGUGUGUGUGUGUGUGUGUUCUAUGUGGUCCUCUGUAGCUCAGCUGGUAGAGCACGGCGCUUGUAACGCCAAGGUAGUGGGUUCGAUCCCCGGGACCACCCAUACACAAAAAUGUAUGCACGCAUGACUGUAAGUCGCUUUGGAUAAAAGCGUGUGCUAAAUGGCUUAUUAUUAUUAUUCUAGAAUCUCUGCGAUUAGUGAAUGCGUGUAAUACCUGUGUGUUGUCCUAUAGGAACUACAGUGUGGUAGUGAAUGUGUGUUGUCCUAUAGGAACUACAGUGUGGUAGUGAAUGUGUGUUGUCCUAUAGGAACUACAGUGUGGUAGUGAAUGUGUGUUGUCCUAUAGGAACUACAGUGUGGUAGUGAAUGUGUGUUGUCCUAUAGGAACUAGAGUGUGGUAGUGAAUGUGUGUUGUUCUAUAGGAACUACAGUGUGGUGAACGUAGAGAAGGGUCAGGUAGAGGUGAAGAGGAUGCCGUGUCCAGGAUCCAGGCUGAGCUGUCAGAUGAAGAUGGACAACACCUUAUGGACCGCCACAGAGGUUGGCCAAAUAAUCACUAACACUGGGGUUGGCCAAACAAUCAGUAACACUGGGGUUGGGGUUGGCCAAAUAAUCAUUAACACUGGGGUUGGCCAAACAAUCACUAACACUGGGGUUGGGGUUGGCCAAACAAUCACUAACACUGGGGUUGGCCAAACAAUCACUAACACUGGGGUAGGGGUCAGCCAAACAAUCACUAACACUGGGUUUCGGGUCGGCCAAACAAAUCAAAUUGUAUUUGUCACAUGCGUCGAAUACAACAGGUGUAGACCUUACAGUGAAAUGCUUACUUACAAGCCCUUAACCAACAAUGCAGUUUUAAGAAAGAAUACCAAAAAUAUUCACAAAAAAUACAAUAUAAAAUAAUACGAAAUAAAAGUAACAAAUAAUUAAAGAGCAGCAGUAAAAAUGACAAUAGCGAGGUUACAUACAGGGGGUACCGGUACCGAGUCAAUGUGCGGGGGCACAGGUUAGUUGAGGUAAUUGAGGUAAUAUGUACAUGUAGGUAGAGUUAUUAAAGUGACUAUGCAUAGAUAAUAAACAGAGAGUAGCAGCAGCGUAAAAGAGGGCGCUCCGGUACCGUUAGCCGUGCGGUAGCAGAGAGAAUAGUCUAUGACUUAGGUGGCUGGAGUCUUUGACAAUUUGGUAGUGAAUAUGUGUCCAAACAAUCAUUAACACUGGGUUCCCUAUGGACGAUUAGUAUACAAUGCCUUCGGAAAGGAUUCAGACCCAUUGACUUUUUUCACAUUUUGUUACAUUACAGCCUUAUUCUAAAAUUGAUUUAAAAAUAAAAAUAAUCCUCAGCAAUCUACACACAAUACCUCAGAAUGACAACUUUGCUAUGAGACUCGAAGUUGAGCUCAGGUACAUCCUGUUUCUAUUGAUCAUCCUUGAGAUGUUUCUACAACUUCAUUGGAGUCCACCUGUGGUAAAUUCAAUUGAUUGGACAUGAUUUGGAAAGGCACACACCUGUCUAUAUAAGGUCCCACAGUUGAGAGUGCAUGUCAGAGCAAAAACCAAGCCAUGACUUCGAAGGAAUUGUCCGUAGAGCUCAGAGACAGGAUUGUGUCGGCACAGAUCUGGGGAAGGGUACGAAAAAAUGUCUGCACCAUUGAAGAUCCCCAAGAACACAGUGGCCUCCAUCAAUCUUAAAUGGAUGAAGUUUGGAACCACCAAGACUCUUCCUAGAGCUGGCCGCCCGGCCAAACUGAGCAAUCAGGGGAGAAGGGCCUUGGUCAGGGAGGUGACCAAUCAAUCAAAUUGUAUUUAUAAAGCCCUUUUUACAUCAGCAGAUGUCACAAAGUGCUAUACAGAAACCCAGCUUAAAACCCUAAACAGCAAGCAAUGCAGAUGUAGGAGCACGGUGGCUAGGAAAAACUAGGCAGAAACCUAGAGAGGAACCAGGCUCUGAGGGGUGGCCAGUCCCCUUCUGGCUGUGCCGGGUGGAGAUUAUAACAGUAUCUGGCCAUUAAGGUCAGAUUUUUCUCCAAGAUGUUCAAACGUUCAUAGAGGUCAGCAGGGUCAAAUAAUAAUCACAGUGGUUGUAGAGGUUGCAACAGGUCAGUACAUCAGGAGUAAACGUCACUUGGCUUUUCAUAGCCGGGAAUUUAGAGGUUGAAAUAGCAGGUGCGGUAGAGAGAGAGAGUUUAAAAAAGCAGGUCUGGGACAAGGUAGCACGUCCGGUGAACAGGUCAGGGUUCCAUAGCUGCAGGUAGAAGAAUGGAAACUGGAGCAGCAGCACGACCAGGUAGACUGGGGACAGCAAGGAGUCAUCAGGCCAGGUAGUCCUGAGGCAUGGUCCUAGGGCUCAGGUCCUCCGGGAUGGAAGGGAGAGAGAGAGAAUUAGAUGGUUACUCUGACAGAGCUCUGGAGAUCGGAGAACCUUCCAGAAGAACAACCAUCUCUGCAGCACUCCACCAAUCAGGCCUUUAUGGAAGCCACUCUUCAGUAAAAGGCACAUGACAGCCCACUUGGAGUUUGCCAAAAGGCACCUAAAGACUCUCAGACCAUGAGAAACAAGAUUCUCUGGUCUAAUGAAACCAAGAUUGAACUCUUUGGCCUGAAUGCCUAGCGUCACGUCUGGAGGAAACCUGGCACCAUCUAUAAGGUGAAGCAUGGUGGUGGCAGCAUCAUGCUGUGGGGAUCUUUUUCAGCGGCAGGGACUGGGAAAAUAGUCCGGAUCAAGGGAUUUGAUGAACGUAGCAAAGUACAGAAAGAUCCUUGAUGAAACCUGCUGCAGAGCGCUAAGGACCUCAGACUGGGGCGAAGGUUCACCUUCCAACAGGACAACGACCCUAAGCACACAGCCAAGGCAACGCAGGAGUGGCUUCGGGACAAAUCUCUGAAUGUCCUUGAGUGGCCCAGCCAGAGCCCAGACUUGAACCUGAUCGAACAUCUCUGGAGAGACCUGAAAAUAGCUGUGCAGCAAUGCUCCCCAUCCAACCUGACAGAGCUUGAGAGGAUCUGCAGAGAAGAAUGGGAGAAACUCCCCAAAUACAGGUGUGCCAAGCUUGUAGCGUCAUACCCAAGAAGACUUGAGGCUGUAAUCGCUGCCAAAGGUGCUUCAACAAAGUACUGAGUAAAGGGUCUGAAUACUUAUGUAAAUGUGAUAUUUCAGGGGUUUCUUUUAUAAAUUUGCGAACAGAAUAAGGCUGUAACGUAACAAUGUGGAAAAGGUCAAGGGGUCUGAAUACUUUCCAAAGGCACUGUAGAACAGAAUAGAUGACCUAUAUUUAUAUUUAUCCAUUGUCUUUGCAUCUGACAGUUUACACAGUGAUGCUGCUAAGGUUGGCCAAACAAUACCAAACACUGGAUGCCACUCAGCAUGACAUAAAACCUCAGACAUAAGCCUUCUUAAGUGGGUUUCAUAAUGUAACCAAUGUACAUGGUGACACCAUGUCAGUACAAGUGCUCUCACCAUAUCAUAAGUAUUUUAAUCUCUAGUCUAACCUGUGCCCUUCACUUUGUAGUGUGUAAGCUCAGGGUGAGUUUUGUUGCUGUCACGUUGCCUGGUGAGGCUAUGCAAAGUCUAAUGAAAACAUGUAUGGGGAGUGUCGUUGGGAAUAAAUGGGUGUUUAUAUAAAAAAUUAUAAUUGCCAACAUGUUUUAAGUAUUGAUCUGCCCAUGAAAUGGAAGCUUAUAACAUUAUCCACCUUGAGUAGAUUAUGUAGAUCUGAAUCAAUUUUGUUUCUGUGAGUGUGUCUGCGUGCGUCUACAUGCACGCGUGUGUGUGUAUUUACUUUUGUGUGUGUGUUCUAGGAGCAGGAAGUGUUCAUCUACAGUCUAAAGGAGAUGUGUCCACUGAGCCAGCCCCAGAAACAGCUCUCCUGUCCUGCUAUAGUCACCUGUCUGUUCCCCGUGCCCGCCAGAGACCAGGUAACUCUCCUGUAGUCACCUGUCUUUUCCCUGUGCCCGCCAGAGACCAGGUAACUCUCCUGUAGUCACCUGUCUGUUCCCCGUGCCUGCCAGAGACCAGGUAACUCUCCUGUAGUCACCUGUCUUUUCCCCGUGCACGCCAGAGACCAGGUAACUCUCCUGUAGUCACCUGUCUGUUCCCCGUGCCCGCUAGAGACCAGGUAACUCUCUUGUAGUCACCUGUCUGUUCCCCGUGCCCGCCAGAGACCAGGUAACUCUCCUGUAGUCACCUGUCUGUUCCCCGUGCCCGCCAGAGACCAGGAUACUGUACACUACUGCCCUGUAGGGUUGUCAUUAUACCAGUUUCACAAUAAUACCAUACUGGAUUUUCCAUGGCGAAAACAUGAAGCAGGCUCAACUAUUUGGCCUUUAGGAACCUUUAUUCCAAUAUUGUGUAUAGCUUGGAAAGUAAACCCAUUUGACUCUGUGCGAUAACAUAAUGCUCUUUGUUUCCAAGAUUAGGAUUGUUUUCCUUUAGAUAUUUAAUCCGCUUCAUGUUUAGUUUCCUUGCCACGAGACUUAUCACGAUACUGCUAUCAUGACAACCCUACUGCCCUGUCUCAAAUCAUCUCCUAGACCAGUAGAUCUCUAACUGGUCCACCAGUAACCCCAACAAUACACAUUGCUGUUGUAGCCCUGGACAACCAUACGUGAUUGAAUAGAUCUCUGUGAGAAAGAAUUCUGGGAACCCAACCCAUUGUUGGGCCACUUCCAUCAUCUCCUAAACCCCAUUGUAACCCUGAUACACUGGAUAAUCGGUAUUCUCUUAUUGCUGUACUGUAAAGUGUUUAUACAGUAACAAUACAGCAGUUGACAAUAAUACGGUAACAAGCUAACUGCCCUCGAAACCAGCCCAUGACCGUUUGUAGUGAUUUAUUUGCGGUCUGACCGUCAUUAACUAACUCGGCUACUGUGGUAAAAUAGGUUUUACGGUCCUCUUAACAGUAGAAAUGGCGGCCCUUGAGCGGUCCCGCUCUAAGCCAAUGACGGGUCUUUUUGACGUCAACAUUCAAAUGGUCUAAUCAAUAGAUUUCAUAUAUGCUAUCUGAAAAAUAAUCAUUUGGUUGUGUUUAUGAAGGUAAUAUUUUUAUUUUUAAGAACAUAAUGAAAUUUUCAUUAGUAUGUUACUGUAGGCUAUAUGUAAAAACGAAAAACCACUAGAAACACCACAAUUCAAGUGUUAAAUCCAUCACAACCAUUAUAAUUUCAUUUAGGCAGGUCUUAAGAAACAUAUGGAAAUAAGAAGAAGAACAGAAUAGCAUAUUAUACGUUGUAUUAUGUUACUAGUCUUUGCUUAGUAGCCUGGGCUGUGGAGCGCAUGGAACAGCGGUUAUUCUAGGAAAAAUAGAUAUUUUGAAAUAGAGCUCAUCUCUUCAAUUUUGAGAAUUGUUUUGGAAACCUCAGAAUCGGCUCUUUCUGAUACUAUACCGAAAUCAAAACGUCUUACCUGCAUGUGACUCUGUAGGACAGGAGUCGGCAACAGGAGGUUCGCGGGCCAAAACCAGCCUGCAAACCAUUUUUGUUGUUGCCCCCCGCCCCCCCCCCCCAAAAAAAAGUUAGAGUACUAAAAAUGUGUUUGAUUUAGGAAAUCUGUUCCAAAGUAUUCCCACCAAGAAAAAAGAAAAAAGAGACGUGAUCAUGUCUCAGUGUAAUCAAGGUACCCCCCCCCCCCACCAUCUGCUUCGACAAAAAUCGGCCCGCGGCUGAAUCUAGCUGCCUACCCCUGCUGUAGGAGAAUUUGAAACUUAACUUCUAGUGUUAAACAGGCUGGGCCCCCUGACCUGACCUCCCCUUCACCCCUAGACCCUCAGGCCUUUGAAGUGUCCUGUGGCUGGGGUAGUCCAGGUGCUGAGGCUGACCUAGUGGAGCCUGCUGUCUGUCUGUCUGUCUGUCUGGGGCUAAAGAGCUAAAGGCUCUCUCACAUUAUACCUGCAAGGCACUUUGAUUUGCUUGCCACGAAGAAGGGCGCAGAAGUGUUGGAUAAUUCUAUGUAACAUAUUUCUGACACGUCAGCUGUUCAGGGUCCCCACACUGCAGACGUGGAGCCCCCUUUCCCUCCUUCCCAGAAACCCAUCAUCCACUGAAGUCAGCUGUACAGGUAGAACAGUCAGGCCCCCGCUGUAGGACAACAGUAGAACAACCGCUGGUAGUUGCUAGGGGACUGCGAGGUCAUGGGAGGAACAACUCUGGGGCAAACAGCCGCUGACCUGGUUGUAUGACAAGAUGGAUUACACGUGUAAAUAUGUGUUGGGAAUGAUGAACGACACAAUCAAACGCAUAUUUACAUUUAAAUUAGAAGACCGUACAGUAGAUUGAUUUACUAGUUGUAUUAUUUACUGUAGCAGUGCAUACAACAGUCUUUUUACUGCCCCCACUCACUAUUUUAACUUAGCAACAAGAAUGUUUUCACCUCCGUUCAUGCUUUUGAUCCAGUUUUUCAGUCUGCAUAGUGGUUUGGAUGUGUUAUUGAUAUCUUCACUCUCUCUGUCUCGCUCUCCAUGUCCCUUCAACCACUCUCCAUUCCAUGUACACACCCCGCCAACCUGACGUUCUGGUCUCCUCCCAUGCAGACCCAGGCGCGUGUCUUCAUGGGGAUGUCAGACGGUCUGGUGGCAGUGUACUCCCUGGUGGAUGACAUGCCUGUAGAAGGAGAGACCUAUCUGUGUUCUCACACCCUCAAUACGACCAUGUUUGGGAUGGAGGACUCUGACCCAAGACAGAGACCCUACCCAGUCAGGAGCAUGGUCCUGGUCCACAGUGGCUCCCAGGUAGGAAUAGAUGUAUUGCUACCUGGCCCGAAGAGAGAUAUAUCAAUAACCACGAUAUGCCAAUGUAUUGCUAUAUAUAUAUGUGUGUGUGUGUGUGUGUGUGUGUGUGUGUGUGUGUGUGUGUGUGUGUGUAUGUAUAUGUGUGUAUAUAUAUAUAUGUAUGUAUGUAUGUAUGUAUGUAUGUAUGUAUGUAUGUAUGUAUGUGUAUAUAUGUAUGUAUAUAUAUAUAUAUGUAUAUGUGUGUAUGGGGGAAAAUAAGUAUUUGGUCACCUACAAACAAGCAAGAUUUCUGGCUCUCACAGACCUGUAACUUCUUCUUUAAGAGGCUCCUCUGUCCUCCACUCGUUACCUGUAUUAAUGGCACCUGUUUGAACUUGUUAUCAGUAUAAAAGACACCUGUCCACAACCUCAAACAGUCACACUCCAAACUCCACUAUGGCCAAGACCAAAGAGCAGUCAAAGGACACCAGAAACAAAAUUGUAGACCUGCACCAGGCUGGGAAGACUGAAUCUGCAAUAGGUAAGCAGCUUGGUUUGAAGAAAUCAACUGUGGGAGCAAUUAUUAGGAAAUGGAAGACAUACAAGACCACUGAUAAUCUCCCUCGAUCUGGGGCUCCACGCAAGAUCUCACCCCGUGGGGUCAAAAUGAUCACAAGAACGGUGAGCAAAAAUCCCAGAACCACACGGAGGGACCUAGUGAAUGACCUGCAGAGAGCUGGGACCAAAGUAACAAAGCCUACCAUCAGUAACACACUACGCCGCCAGGGACUCAAAUCCUGCAGUGCCAGACGUGUCCCCCUGCUUAAGCCAGUAUAUGUCCAGGCCCGUCUGAAGUUUGCUAGAGUGCAUUUGGAUGAUCCAGAAGAGGAUUGGGAGAAUGUCAUAUGGUCAGAUGAAACCAAAAUAGAACUUUUUGGUAAAAACUCAACUCGUUGUGUUUGGAGGACAAAGAAUGCUGAGUUGCAUCCAAAGAACACCAUACCUACUGUGAAGCAUGGGGGUGGAAACAUCAUGCUUUGGGGCUGUUUUUCUGCAAAGGGACCAGGACGACUGAUCCGUGUAAAGGAAAGAAUGAAUGGGGCCAUGUAUCGUGAGAUUUUGAGUGAAAACCUCCCUCCAUCAGCAAGGGCAUUGAAGUUGAAACGUGGCUGGGUCUUUCAGCAUGACAAUGAUCCCAAACACACCGCCCGGGCAACGAAGGAGUGGCUUCGUAAGAAGCAUUUCAAGGUCCUGGAGUGGCCUAGCCAGUCUCCAGAUCUCAACCCCAUAGAAAAUCUUUGGAGGGAGUUGAAAGUCCGUGUUGCCCAGCGACAGCCCCAAAACAUCACUGCUCUAGAGGAGAUCUGCAUGGAGGAAUGGGCCAAAAUACCAGCAACAGUGUGUGAAAACCUUGUGAAGACUUACAGAAAAGUUUGACCUGUGUCAUUGCCAACAAAGGGUAUAUAACAAAGUAUUGAGAAACUUUUGUUAUUGACCAAAUACUCAUUUUCCACCAUAAUUUGCAAAUAAAUUCAUUACAAAUCCUACAAUGUGAUUUACUGGAAUUUUUUUUCUCAUUUUGUCUGUCAUAGUUGACGUGUACCUAUGAUGAAAAUUACAGGCCUCUCUCAUCUUUUUAAGUGGGAGAACUUGCACAAUUGGUGGCUGACUAAAUACUUUUUUCCCCCACUGUACCUGUAUACCACAGUGUCAAAUGAUGAAAUAGUAAAUAAUUGUAUACAGUAGUGAAAGACCAGUAACCUUAUUACAAUGUUACUGGGUAUGAAGUAACUACAGUCAUGUAGUCAGGAAAAACUCUGGUAAUAUGAAUGGUUAUCAAAAAGUGUAAGUCUUAUCUCCACCUUCUUGCUCUUCCUCCCAGCUGUGGUACUCCCAUGGUCCAGGCCUGCUGGUGAUCAACUGCCGGACCCUCCAGGCGGUGCGUCGUCUGGACCCCUACGACCCCCCAUCCUCCAUACAGGCCCUGGCCUCCAGCCUCUGUCUGUCAGGGGAUGAGGCGGUGUGGACCCUGGACGACCACACCAACACCCUGCAGCUCUACCAUGCUGCCACCUACCAGCUCUGUGCCACGUACAGGUGUGUGAGACGUGGGUGGGGGAUGGGGUGAGGUAGUGUUAUGCUAAUGGGUAGGACACAGCUAUAGUAUACGCUGGCAGUAGAAUGGGUGAGUGAGUGGUGAUUGUGACUGGAGAGGGCUUUGACUGAUAGGAAAGAUAUUCAAACUUUACUUUAGAACACCAUGGCCCAUACAACCAAUGUCUUGUGUACUGAAUCAACUAUACUAAUAUACUAUACUAUAAUAUACUAUACUAACUAAUACACAGACAAGACACAAUUUCACUAUGCAACGGACCAUGUGACCAAUACAUACACAUAAUACAAAUGUCAUUUCAUCAUUCCAGCUGUGGCGACGCCAACCCUCUCCGGGACGUGUUCACUGUACAGCGACCUGCAGGGGUUACCAUGGAUACGACCCCUGACCUUGACUCAAAGAGGAAGGGUCUAGAGGAGGAGGAGGAGGAGUGUCCUAACGGCGAAGUGACGCUGAUCUACAGCGCGGAGGCAGGGACUCAGAUCAUCCAGCACCAGGAUUCGCUGACGGACUACUGCUCCAUGUCCUCUGACUCCACCCCUUCGAUGGGAUUUGACCAAUCCUGUUCCGGCCCCUCGUCAGAGCCGCUGGGAUUGGACCGAUCCAGUUCCUACGCUCUCAGCUCAUUAGCUAGUUCCAGCAGUAUGCCUUUUUCCACUGAGGAGGAAGAGAGGCCUCAGGACCACCCAGCCAACCCUGACCCCGUGGUGAACUCUGACCCCACCACGACCUUUAGCCCCACGUCCCCCCACCUGCAGGCCCUAACUGUGCUGGCUGUCAAUGGAACCCUUUGGAUCCCCAGGUACCCUCAAUGCAACACACACAAACCCAGCAUGUCACACUGUCAUACAACAGACAUAGGGGCAUGUUUUUUUACAGUCAAGAACAGAUUCCUAUAUAAUAUUUACAUGGUUCCUGAGACGUUAACACUCCUCCAGGCUUUGUGAGAUCCGAUGCUGCAACACGUGCCUUUUCCAUCUGGUCUGUCAGGUCCCACUCUAGCUAGGGCUGACACUAAAGACUUGUAAAGAGCAGAAUCAACAACCUCUGAGUCAUCUAAACAGUUGCUUUUGAGAAGGAAAAUGCUUUUGAGAAAGUCCCAAAUGGCCCAGUCUGGUGCCAUGUCAGGGUCUUUUUCUGGCCCUGAGUAGACUUGUUUUGGGCCAGGCUUCAGAGGUUGAAACACUUAAGGUCUGUGUCUUUAGGAAAAAAACACUGGGAUAAAGUCUUAUGGUGGAAAUGGGCCAACAGAUGGAACUUAGGUCUGACCUCAAAUCAUAAUUUUGAGUUUUGAAUAAGGUUCGUCAUUUAGAAAAUAGUAUUCAGCUAACCAAAUAUUUAAAACAUAAAAAUGACAAAUUUGCUAAGUAACCAUGAUUGCUAACGUUCGCUGGUAACGCUAGUCAGCUAUAGCUUGUUCUCCAUCUGAUAACUUUUUAGUAAAUGGUGAGCCAAUAUAUUUUAAUGACUGAUCAAAACUCAUUUUAUCUUGGCUUUGUCUUGUCCCUCUGCAGCAGACACGUUUUGGGCUGCUUUGUCAUUAUUUUGCCAAUACUCGAAUCAGCAGAAAGUGAUUUGAAUCACAGUAAAACCAAUCAAAUCCAAAUGAGUAGAAUCUUUGUGGUCAACCCAACUGGAACACUAGCUAUUUGACUGUGCCAACAAGAGAUCUUUAGUCACUACUGUGUUGUGUUCCAGGAGUGGUGGUGACGUGAUGGUGAUCGAGGUCCAGCGGCAGACAGGACAGCUCAGGGGGCGUGUCAUCGCUGUGCUCAGGCCCCCUGGAACUUCCUCUUACGGGUGAGGUCAUAUCCUGUCAGGAAGGCUGUGUCUCAAUAGUCUAAAGUGGCUACAUGGGACAAUUUGAGAUGCAUCUAUUCUUUUUGAUAGCCAGUGAGGUGUGUACACUCUGUCCAAUCAGCUUCCACCAUGCUGAUGGAACAGCCAGUUAUAAAGCCACACCUAGCCGCACCCCCUAGACACUGCUUUUAAAUCUGAGAAGUCUGGAUAGGUAUUGUGAUAUCGUAAUAUUCCUCCCUUGCCCUAAGCUAGGUCAGGGCUGUGUUCUUGGAGCUCUACCGUCCUGCAGGGUUUCAGUCCAACCCUUAUUUAGCACACAUUAGUUUAUUAGCUGCUUACCAGGACCUUAACUAGCUGAAUCAGGUAUGUCAGGUUAGGGUUGGACUGAAAACCUACAGGACGGUAUAUCUCCAGGAAGAGGGUUGAGUAGCACUGGCUUAUAUGGUAUUUCCUUUGGGAUCCAUAGGAAGUACCCAAGGGUAGAGGCUACCGCAGGAGAUCAUGCUCUAAAGCAGGUUUCCCAUUCCUAGCCUUCCAGGGCCACAGUGUUUGCUGACUACUGCUUCUCCUUCAGCGAUACCCUUGACACACUGCCAAGCAGAGCCUUACUGGGCUGGCCUGGUUGCCUGGUUACGUAUCCACCAUAGUAGCUUCAUAGUAGCUUGAACAAUGCUGGAAAAGACGGUCUGAGCCAACACAGUACGGUUUGGGUCGGCACGAUAGUGUGGGAUAGACAGCUGACCUAGAGCUGGGAAGCCAGUUGUGUGGCUGUGUGGCCUGUCUGGCCGAUCAAUGGCCUUAAUGGCCAAGGUCCAUAAAGAUGACGGCCUCCAUGUACUUACCACAAGUGCCUCAUUUGGUAAGUUCACAGUAUUGUACAGUGUUCUCCUUUAGUCUUUUUUUGUAUUGGCAUUGGCACAGUAUACAUGAUCCCAAUUCUAGCUCCAAUUUGAAAAAAACUAAAAGUAGAUUGUGCUGAUUUAUAGGCACAUUGAACCAUUGCGCGCGGUAGUUUAAAGUCUGUGGAUAGUGCUCAAAUGAUGAUGUCAUAUCUGCAUUCCUCCAUAUAUUUUUACACCUUCGCCAUUGUCCGGGAAGCAGAACAGCAACCCUCCAGUCUCCAGGAGUGCAGUUGAAGACACCUGCUGUAAACUAUAGUCACUUUCAGAUAGAUUGCACCGCACAAAGAAUCCCCAAAGCAAUUAUAACAUCCAACGGAACAGUGUGGGAAAGUGCUCCAUUGAUUAACCCAUUACAGUCUAAGCCCUGUCUAAGCCGGGGGAGAAGGUCAUACUAAGGAUCAUUUUGCUAUUAGAUUUUUUAUUUGAAUACAGGGACUGAACCAAAUGUCAGGGCAAUGUCUUUCUACCGUAACACCGGCGCAUUGCCCCGUCCAAGCCAUGGGAUGCAUCCCAAAUGGCACCCUUUGCUCUAUAUAGUGUACUACUUUUGACCAGAGCACCUAUGUAGGGCAUAGGGUUCCAUUUGGGAUCCCGCCAUGGUGUUACAGUGAAAAAUAGGCCUCAUUACAGACCUGUGGAGUGUGGGACCUAUUUAUCAGCUGUGGCAAAGUAGGCCAGCAGAACUGUCUGGCUACAUCCCAAAUGGCACCCUAUUCCAUAUGUAGUAGCACCUUAUUCCCUAUGUAGUGCCCUGGUCAAAGGUAUUGCACUACAUAGGGAAUAAGGUGCAAUUUGGGACGCACACCCUUUCUGGCACAGCAAGAAAAGGAGCUGGAGAUUAAUUUGCUGAUUCAGCUUCAAUAAAGACCCAGCAGAGAUCCCUCAUCAUGUGCUUAACAGGGUUUUCCCCACUCUGUAAUUAUUCCUAUAAACGUCCCAGCAGCUGUUUUAGGUACAGCAGAAAAGGACUUCUGUCUGAAGUGCAUGCGUGUGCGUGCGUGAGGUUUUAGCUUUUAGCAGCAGGCAAUAAAAGGGCCACCCAAAGCCGGGGUCCUUAAUAAGCAGUGGUUGUCAGGGGGCUGGUGCUAUCCGGGAUCCUUAGGACGUCCCUAACCUUAACCCCUACCCCUACCUAAACCUUAACUUUAACAAUAACAUUAACCCUUGCCAUAACUAUUUAAAUUUCAACUUGAAUAGGUUGACGUCAGAUCCCGUUUAGACUAGUAGCACCAGGGACAGGUUGAGGUCAGGCCAUAGGGUCGCAGGAAGACAUGAAAGGCUGUGAGAAACACGCUGCAGAUUCUGAGCUUGUUUCACAUCAACUGGAGACUGCAGACUGACUGAUCUACAAAUCACCUUGCAUCCUAAAUAACUAGUCAUUAUGAUUUGUAGAUCAGUCAGUCACAAUUACCCACAAUGCACCACAGAUGUAAUGCUAUCGAACACAGUCUCUGUUUAUCGAUUUCAUCCCAUUUGAAACAAACUACAACUUACAAAGGCUUUAUAGGGCAUUAGGAAAGUCUUCAUCAUUUUCUAUGGCGAUACCGGUAGCAAUUGACUGUUCUGUCUGAGGAAGACUUUUGUGGGUGUGUGUGUGCUUGUGUGGCAGAGGAAAAAUAUAUACACUACCGUUCAAAAGUUUGGGGUCACUUAGAAAUGUCCUUGUUUUCGAAAGAAAAGCAAUUUUUUUGUCCAUUAAAAUAACAUCAAAUUGAUCAGAAAUGCAGUGUAGACAUGGUUAAUGUUGUAAAUGGCUAUUGUAGCUGGAAACGGCUGAUUUUCUAUGGAAUAUCUACAUAGGCGUACAGAGGCCCAUUAUCAGCAACCAUCAGUCCUGUAUUCCAAUGGCACGUUGUUUGCUAAUCCAAGUUUAUCAUUUUAAAAGGCUAAUUGAUCAUUAGAAAACCCUUUUGCAAUUAUGUUAGCACAGCUGAAAACUGUUGUGCUGAUUAAAGAAGCAAUAAAACUGGCCUUCUUGAGACUAGUUGAGUAUCUGGAGCAUCAGCAAUUGUGGGUUCGAUUACAGAAUCAAAAUGGCCAGAAACAAAGGACUUUCUUCUGAAACUCUUCAGUCUAUUUUUGUUCUGAGAAAUGAAGGCUAUUCCAUGCGAGAAAUUCCCAAGAAACUGAAGAUCUCAUACAACGCUGUGUACUACUCCCUUCACAGAACAGCGCAAACUGGCUCUAGCCAGAAUAGAAAGAGGAGUGGGAGGCCCCGGUGCACAACUGAGCAAGAAGACAAAUACAUUAGUGUGUCUAGUUUGAGAAACAGACGCCUCACAGGUCCUCAACUGGCAGUUUCAUUAAAUAGUACCCGCAAAACACCAGUCUCAACGUCAACAGUGAGGAGGCGACUCCGGGAUGCUGACCUUCUAGGCAGAGUUGCAAAGAAAAAGCCAUAUAUCAGACUGGCCAAUAAAAAGAAAAGAUUAAGAUGGGCAAAAGAACAUAGACACUGGACAGAGGAAGAUUGGAAAAAAGUGUUAUGGACAGACGAAUCGAAGUUUGAGGUGUCGGAUCACAAAGAAGAACAUUUGUGAGACGCAGACCAAAUGAAAAGAUGCUGGAGGAGUGCUUGAUGCAAUCUGUCAAGCAUGGUGGAGGCAAUGUGAUGGUCUGGGGGUGCUUUGUUGGUGGUAAAGUGGGAGAUUUUUACAGGGUAAAAGGGAUCUUGAAGAAGGAAGGCUAUCACUCCAUUUUGCAACGCCUUGCCAUACCCUGUGGACGGCACUUGAUUGGAGCCAACUUCCUCCUACAACAGGACAAUGACCCAAAGCACAGCUCCAAACUAUGCAAGAACUAUUUAGGGAAGAAGCAGUCAGCUGGUAUUCUGUCUAUAAUGGGGUGGUCAGCACAGUCACCGGAUCUCAACCCUAUUGAGCUGUUGUGGGAGCAGCUUGACCGUAUGGUACGUAAGAAGUGCCCAUCAAGCCAAUCCAACUUGUGGGAGGUGCUUCAGGAAGCAUGGGGUGAAAUCUCUUCAGAUUACCUCAACAAAUUGACAACUAGAAUGCCAAAGGUCUGCAAGGCUGUAAUUGCUGCAAAUGGAGGAUUCUUUGACGAAAGCAAAGUUUGAAGGACACAAUAAUUAUUUUUAUUAAAAAUCAUUAUUUCUAACCUUGUCAAUGACUACAUUUUCCUAUGCAUUUUGCUAUAUUUCCUAUUCAAACUAAUUUCAUGUAUGUUUUCAUGGAAAACAAGGACAUUUCUAAGUGACCCCAAACUUUUGAACGGUAGUGUACAGUGGGGGAAAAAAGUAUUUAGUCAGCCACCAAUUGUGCAAUUUCUCCCACUUAAAAAGAUGAGAGAGGCCUGUAAUUUUCAUCAUAGGUACACGUCAACUAUGACAGACAAAUUGAGAAAAAAAUUCCAGAAAAUCACAUUGUAGGAUUUUUUAUGAAUUUAUUUGCAAAUUAUGGUGGAAAAUAAGUAUUUGGUCACCUACAAACAAGCAAGAUUUCUGGCUCUCACAGACCUGUAACUUCUUCUUUAAGAGGCUCCUCUGUCCUCCACUCGUUACCUGUAUUAAUGGCACCUGUUUGAACUUGUUAUCAGUAUAAAAGACACCUGUCUACAACCUCAAACAGUCACACUCCAAACUCCACUAUGGCCAAGACCAAAGAGCUGUCAAAGGACACCAGAAACAAAAUUGUAGACCUGCACCAGGCUGGGAAGACUGAAUCUGCAAUAGGUAAGCAGCUUGGCUUGAAGAAAUCAACUGUGGGAGCAAUUAUUAGGAAAUGGAAGACAUACAAGACCACUGAUAAUCUCCCUCGAUCUGGGGCUCCACGCAAGAUCUCACCCCGUGGGGUCAAAAUGAUCACAAGAACGGUGAGCAAAAAUCCCAGAACCACACGGGGGGACCUAGUGAAUGACCUGCAGAGAGCUGGGACCAAAGUAACAAAGCCUACCAUCAGUAACACACUACGCCGCCAGGGACUCAAAUCCUGCAGUGCCAGACGUGUCCCCUGCUUAAGCCAGUACAUGUCCAGGCCCGUCUGAAGUUUGCUAGAGUGCAUUUGGAUGAUCCAGAAGAGGAUUGGGAGAAUGUCAUAUGGUCAGAUGAAACCAAAAUAUAACUUUUUGGUAAAAACUCAACUCGUCGUGUUUGGAGGACAAAGAAUGCUGAGUUGCAUCCAAAGAACACCAUGCCUACUGUGAAGCAUGGGGGUGGAAACAUCAUGCUUUGGGGCUGUUUUUCUGCAAAGGGAUCAGGACGACUGAUCCGUGUAAAGGAAAGAAUGAAUGGGGCCAUGUAUCGUGAGAUUUUGAGUGAAAACCUCCUUCCAUCAGCAAGGGCAUUGAAGAUGAAACGUGGCUGAGUCUUUCAGCAUGACAAUGAUCCCAAACACACCGCCCGGGCAACGAAGGAGUGGCUUCGUAAGAAGCAUUUCAAGGUCCUGGAGUCGCCUAGCCAGUCUCCAGAUCUCAACCCCAUAGAAAAUCUUUGGAGGGAGUUGAAAGUCCGUGUUGCCCAGCGACAGCCCCAAAACAUCACUGCUCUAGAGGAGAUCUGCAUGGAGGAAUGGGCCAAAAUACCAGCAACAGUGUGUGAAAACCUUGUGAAGACUUACAGAAAACGUUUGACCUGUCAUUGCCAACAAAGGGUAUAUAACAAAGUAUUGAGAAACUUUUGUUAUUGACCGAAUACUUAUUUUCCACCAUAAUUUGCAAAUAAAUUCAUUAAAAAUCCUACAAUGUGAUUUUCUGGAUUUUUUUUCCUCAUUUUGUCUGUCAUAGUUGACGUGUACCUAUGAUGAAAAUUACAGGCCUCUCUCAUCUUUUUAAGUGGGAGAACUUGCACAAUUGGUGGCUGACUAAAUACUUUUUUUCCCCACUGUAUAUAUUUCAAUACAAAAUACCUUUACCCCAGAGUGGCCUUAUGCUGAUUGUAACCAUCAGUAUUGGAUAUUACAUGUAACCAUCAGUAUUGGAUAUUACAUGUAACCAUCAGUAUUGGAUAUUACAUGUAACCAUCAGUAUUGGAUAUUGCAUGUAACCAUCAGUAUUGGAUAUUACAUGUAACCAUCAGUAUUGGAUAUUACAUGUAACCAUCAGUAUUGGAUAUUACAUGUAACCAUCAGUAUUGGAUAUUACAUGUAACCAUCAGUAUUGGAUAUUACAUGUAACCAUCAGUAUUGGAUAUUACAUGUAACCAUCAGUAUUGGAUAUUGCAUGUAACCAUCAGUAUUGGAUAUUACAUGUAACCAUCAGUAUUGGAUAUUGCAUGUAACCAUCAGUAUUGGAUAUUACAUGUAACCAUCAGUAUUGGAUAUUACAUGUAACCAUUAGUAUUGGAUAUUACAUGUAACCAUCAGUAUUGGAUAUUGCAUGUAACCAUCAGUAUUGGAUAUUGCAUGUAACCAUCCGUAUUGGAUAUUGCAUGUAACCAUCAGUAUUGGAUAUUGCAUGUAACCAUCCGUAUUGGAUAUUACAUGUAACCAUCAGUAUUGGAUAUUGCAUGUAACCAUCAGUAUUGGAUAUUGCAUGUAACCAUCCGUAUUGGAUAUUGCAUGUAACCAUCCGUAUUGGAUAUUACAUGUAACCAUCCGUAUUGGAUAUUGCAUGUAACCAUCCGUAUUGGAUAUUGCAUGUAACCAUCAGUAUUGGAUAUUACAUGUAACCAUCCGUAUUGGAUAUUACAGUGCAUACCAGAGAGGAUGAUAAUAGUCUUGGUUAGCUACAACACAUGAAACAACAGUGGCAGGAAGAUAAUAUGGGGGUGUGUAUAUGAUGCCUGGUUUGGCACGUAACACGGCAACAAGCUAUUUAGAAGCCUUCCCUCUUCCCAGAGUGCUUGUGUCAUGUCCUACAUAAAUCAGGAGUGGGAUGACGUAUGAUUUACCUGUUUGUGUCAUUUCUGGAAAGUAUGUAUUAACCUGUCAAUGGCACUUUAAACACUGAUCUAAGGUUUUGAGUUAGUCAGGUUUUAGGGAAGGUAAAUUGAUCCUAGAUCUGUGCCUAAGGGCACCUUCUACCUGGAGGUAUAAAUCAUAUGUGUGUUCUCCUCAGUAGCCCUCCAGGGAACCUCUUCUCAGUAAAGCCUGGCUACUUCUAGGAAGAAUCCACACAUACUCAUUUCAAUGUUUAACUCUCUCUUUCCCUCCUCCCUAACCCCAUCUCACCCUUCUCUCUUUCUAUUACUCUUCCCCCUCUCUCUCCCCUAUACCUCCCGCUCUCUUCCUCUCUCCCCCUCUCUCUCUACCAACUCUCUCUCUCUCUCCCAGGACCCUGGAGGAGGCCGCACUAGUGGCAAAGGACACUGUUGUGUGUGGCUUUCGCAACGAAAACAGGGCCUGGUGCCUGUGUGUCUGGCGGGGCUGGGGCCCCCGAGAGCUGGAGCUCUUCUACCAGUCCUACGAGGAUCUGGGGAGGCUGGAGACUAGUAUGAGGAAAAGAAGGUAGCCGUUGUACGGCACCGGCCGCAGUGGCCCAGGCAGGGGCUAGCAGUCACAGAAUCACAGCUCUCUGUGUGAGAGCGGGAGGGAGGGAGAAGGAGGGGGAGAUAGAGAGUGUGUGUGUGUGUAGAGAGAACUCGGCCAGGGGGAAUACACACUCACAGGCCCCCAGUGUUCAGGUGACGGGGAGAGGAGAAGAGAGGGAGAGGAGAGGAGGGGUGAGGGAGAUGGGGGAGCAGAAGAGAGGACAGGACAGGAGAGAUUGGGAGAUGUUGACAGGAGACACAGGGAAGGGGGAAGGAUGCCUCACCCUGUCUCAGCUUGGGCCCAAACCCCCAGGGACCCAGUCAAAAGCCCCUGUGUGCCCCCAACACACCCCACACUUCCUCCUCUGGUGCCCCCCAACACACCCCACACUUCCCCCUCUGGAGCAUCACUAAGAUGGACUGACCACCAGUUAAACCUGAACCUGAGGAAAAGUAGUGCACAUCCCUACAUGAACAGGGAAUAGGAAAGCCAUUUGGGACACACCCUGAGUGUUGAUACCAGCAGGGGAGGUUUUUCUAACUUCACUGCUGUGUUAGUGAGAUGGUGUUAAUUUAUGGUGUAAUAUCUUAAAAUCCUCUUCAGUGUAAAUAGACUGUAUUGUGUAUAUACUGUACGACCGUGAAUAAACUUCUCAUAAUAGUAGAA